AUGGCAACUACGGGGGAGUCCUUUACUCGCAAUUCUUCGAUGACCGGGAUAUCGUCACUCAGCGCACCCUCCUCGUCUGCUCGUCCCCAAUCGAUGGGAGUUUACCGACGGCGCAUACAGCAGUCAAAUCUGCUGAAUACCUCGUCUCUCGUCGCGGAAUCAGAAGAGGCUCGCGCAAAGCACCGCAAGGACCCUUGGCAGCGUGCUAGUUACUGGAUCACCAUAUUUUGUGCUUCCCUAGGCAUCGUCGGCAGUGUACUUCUCUGCUACUUUGAUCUGAAGGCGUUGCCAGAUGUUGGAAAUCUUUGCUUGAUCCUGGAUGACAAUUUCGACGCCCUUGACACCUCAGUCUGGCAACGCGAAGUCCAGGUAGGAGGCUUCGGAAACAACGAGUUUGAUUGGACCACCGCCGAUAGCGAGAAUGCAUUCACGGACAACGGCGUGCUGUACAUAGUACCGACGCUCACGGAAGACAAGCUCGGCCGCGAUGCUGUCUUUGAUGGAUACAAUCUCACACUCCCCGACUGUACUGCUGCCAACUUCACGUCGUGCACCAUUACUUCCAACGCCUCUACAGGCGCUGUUCUACCCCCAGUCCGCUCGGCACGACUCACAACCAAGCUAUCCCGCAAUAUUCAAUUCGGUCGCGUUGAAAUUCGGGCGCGUAUGCCAAGAGGAGACUGGUUAUGGCCCGCUCUAUGGAUGAUGCCGGUUAACGAAACCUACGGACCGUGGCCAGCGAGCGGUGAAAUUGAUAUCAUUGAGGCCCGAGGCAAUUCUCCAGAAGAUUACUCAUUCCAACCCCGCAACUACGUCUCCUCUGCCCUCAACUGGGGACCCCUCGUUACUCUGAAUCGCUUCUUUAAGACUCGUGGCUAUGCUUUCGAGCGUCACGCCUCGUACGACAAGGACUUUCACACUUUCGUCUUGGAAUGGACGCAGGACUUCAUGUGGGUUUACGUCGACUCGCGAAUCACUCGCACCCUAGAUUUGCGAUUCAACUACCCCUUCUUUGAGAGGGGUGAGUUCCCCAAGACUAUCAUCAACGGCACCGAGGAAAUCGUUUUGAAGAACCCAUGGGAAGGACGAGGCAACGCAGCUCCGUUCGAUCAUCCAUUCUAUUUGAUUAUGAAUGUUGCUGUCGGAGGAACUAAUGGAUGGUUCCCCGACGGAGUUGGUAACAAACCAUGGUUGGAUCAGUCAACUAAUGCCAUGAAGGAUUUCGCCAAUGCGAAGGAUAAAUGGUUCCCAACCUGGCCAACAGAUGUCAGGGAACGUGCAUUAGCUGUGGAUUACGUGAAAAUGUGGCAGAAGUGCGACGCACCAGCAUAG